AUGGCCGCUCCCCAAAUACCUGCUCGUCCUGCCCGCUCGCAGCCACCGCCGACGGCUUCUGCAAACAUGGCAGUCCCUCAAAUCCCACCUCGUCCGAGGCGUAGCGUUGAUCGCUCGAUAUCUCCGCACCGAGAUACCUAUGCUCGGUCUCCCUUCAAUGACCCCAGCUUCCUGCACAACCGCAAUGGCAAUCACCAAAAGCCGAAAGACGUCCCCCGACGCCCGCCGAGCGUCAGUCUGCCGUCUAUAGGCCAGGAAGGGAACGAAUAUGCGAACCUGGAGGACUUCAGUAACAACAACGAGGAAGCUCCAGCCCAGACUUCAAAGGGCAUUGCUGGUAAUCUGCCAUUGCAUGCGCCAACUGCCUCACUUCCUGCGGCCGCCCAAAAGUCCAGAAUCGCGAGCGUUACCCGUACCGAUUCCACCCAGGCCGCGGCUGCUGGCAUCCCGAAGCUUUUCCCUGGCUACAAUGAGAGGCAUGGGAGCACCUCGAACAAGUCCGAAUCGAGCAACAGCACUAGGCCUCAGUCAAUCCACAAGGAUGAUGAGGAGCACGGCAUCCCGGAAAUCGGCGUACAGGUGCCGAUGUAUCCGAAUGCGGGCGAUGUGCAGAUGCCGACACCCUCGCCUUUUGCUCAGAACACUUCCACCGGCGUCGGCUUCUUCAACGAUGGACGGUCUUCGGGUCGCCACCACAGCCGCACCAGGAGUGGCCGGGAGGUUUUCAGUGGACCGCCGGACAGUUAUGGUAUGCAUGGCCAUGGCGUACAGCCAUCCAACGCGUUUGAGAAGGCGUGGUACGAGAAGCAUCCCGACGAUGCUGCGAGAGAGGCACAGGGAGCAUACGGUCCGGCCAUUUCGGAAGAUCGCAAGGAGUGGGCAUUGAGCAGUGAUGAUCUUAACAAACUCGUUCAAGGUAGCGCUGGCAUUGGCUUUGGCACCUCGCGCGAAGCCAUCGGCACGCCCGCCGAAGAAAUUGGGUUUCUGGCAUCUGAGCAGUAUGCGUCUCGAAUGGCCUCGUCGCGUCCGCAGUCUACUCUGCGUAAGGCGCGGACCAGCAGCUCGCACAGCCACGCUGAAUCACCCCUUCGCAAGGCAAGCUUUCCGACGGAUGUCAUGGACUCCAACGGAUCACAUGACAAGCGCACAUCGGUGGUAGAGAGCGAACCAGACGACGACGUCAUCCAUGUUGAUCCGCCCGCAUCGCGACACAGCAAGAUCCAUGGAGGAGGAUAUGACCCCCCAACUGAGGAUCUCGGACCUGAUGCUGGUAACACUGAGGAGAAGGGCGGCUGGAUCGAAGAAAACGGCCCGGGCAUGCCUAUCCUUGCUUCCGACGAAGUUGCCAGACGUCCGGGAGCUGAGUUCCUGCAGCCCGCCGUCUCGCCUGAGCUGGAACGGAGCGGUAACCGUGACGACUACAUUCACAACGAUGCGGAGGGUGUUUUCCGCACCGGUCGUAGGGGCAGCAGCCGCCCUUCGAGUCGUCCCGGCAGUAUCCAUGGCGGGCUUCCUGGACUAACGCGAAUGAUAAGCCGCGGCGACCACGACGGGACUGGCACGCCACUUGACGAUGUCAAGGAGUAUGAGCCCCUCUUUCCAGACGACGAUGAGCGCCAGAAGCAGCAAGGAAAGCCGAAAACGGCCGCAGACAAGGUGAAGCGUCCGGACCUUGCUCGACAUCACUUUCCAAGCCAAGAUGUCUGGGAGGACAGCCCUGAGUACUUCAAUCUUGUGACGACGGUGGAGGCGCCGCAAGAGCCCCAGGAACCCCAAUCUGCCGUGGAGCAAAAGCCGUCCGCAAUCUUCGAGCCUCCUGAGACCGAGGAAGCUCGUAAACACGAUCUUACCAGCAAGGACCAGGAGAACUUCCUGCCUGAACACACGAAACGCUUCGCUAAAACGCACUUCAACCGGGAUGUCAAGGCGGAACUGCCGCCGAGACCAGGCAUGCAGCCGCGGUUCCCUAGCCAAGAUAUCUGGGAAGACACGCCAGACCACCUGCAGCUGGUGACGACUGUGGGAGGGCCCCAACAGGACGAGACGGACAUAUUGAGUCCCGAAUCGGCGUCGCAGGACACACCGACAAUACCGCCAAGACCUGCCCAGCGGACUGGAGACGUCCAGGAGGCAUCGCCAACGAAACGAGAGGCCCCAAAUAUCCCGGCUCGGCCUAAACCACAAGUGCCAGCUCGACCCGCCAAGCCGCCGCCAGCGGAGGGGUCAGAAGACUCACCCCUGACGAAAACAACUUCAGCUGGCAGCACAGGUAGUGCAGGCAGCGAUACCACAGCGCAGCCGGCGGCACCUAAAGCAAAACCCAUCGUCCCUCAACGCCCUGGCGGCGGCAAGAUCGCGGCCCUAAAAGCAGGUUUCAUGAACGACCUCAACAGCCGUCUCCAACUCGGACCUCAAGCGCCGAAGAAGGAGGUCCCACCCGUUCAAGAGGAACCAGCGGAGGGGCAAGAAAAGGCGCCACUGAGCGACGCCCGGAAGGGACGGGCCAAGGGUCCUGCGCGCAGGAAGCCAGCCGCCUCGCCGUCGGGCGCUGCAGAGGAGGCAGAGUCCGCGCCCGCGCCGACGCUGUCGUUCAUGCCGAUGGUGACGCUGUUUGAGUUCGGAGAGGAGACGGAGGACAUGAGCGCCAGCAUCGAGACGCUGAGGGCGGAGGCGCCGGCGCUGAGCAUCGUCCCUGAGGUCCAUAGGCCGGCGGAGGAGGUCGAGGAUCCGCUGAGCGCUGCGACUGAGCCGGGAGAUGAGAGUGAGACGGCUAAGGUGGCCAUAAGUACGUCGGAUAGUAGUGUCCAGACCGGGCAGCAGGAUGUGGAGCUCGGUUCGGGGGAUAGCAGGGAGAAGUUCACGGCGUAUCUGGGGGGAAGGGCACCGGAGGAGGGGAACGUGAUUAUUAGGGAUGGUGAAGAGCGUGUUGAGGAUAUGGGGGAGAAGGGGAGUACUGAGAAGAUUGCGGGGACGUAG